AUGGACAUCGACGACCGUUUGUCCAGUCCCGUGGACCCGUCCUCAACCCCCACCGAAGAUAGACGCAAAUCGGGCCGAACAACGCGACGACCCGACACAUUUUCUCAAAGCACACACUCCACGAAGGGCUCUACCCUGAGCGGAAAACGCAAACGUGGCCACGAGCGCGACAAUGGCGAAGAAGUCGAGGAUGAAGACGCGUCGGAGUCAGAGAGCGAUGAUGCCGGCGACGAUGAUGCAGACGAGGAAGAGUUGCGAGAGAAGCGGCGCGCGGCACGCAAGGCUGGCCCAAAGAAACCAUCCAAACCAAAAGGAAAAGCAUCACACGCGGCCAAGAAACCCAAGUUUGCGGGUCACGGGGUCGGAAGACAGCUCGCCUUUCGACCUGCUACGACUGGUCGACUCCCAAGUUCACGGCCCCGGAAACCCAAAGUCCGACCUAGUUUGGCCGCUGGUGAACGCGGCAUGUUCGGUAAGUGGGCGAUUGCGCAAUCUCUACCAACGAUUCUCAUUGCUAACGUUGAUCUAGCGGAGGUUUUUGGAAAAAGCAACAAUGCUGACGCAGCCGCGGCGCAGUGGCUCACUCGAUACCAGCGGAAUAAUGGGAAUGCCAUGCAAGAAUUGGUCAAUUUCAUUCUUCGAUGCACCGGGACCGACCUGGAGAUCAGCGACGAAGAGGUGCAAGAUGUGGACAACGCUUUUCAGCGAGUCAAUGAUUUACAAGAACUGUAUCAUGCACAAGGCAUCACCGAAUACCCUCUCAUCUCUCGAGAGAAAAAGUUUAGGGUGUUUCAAGCUGUUCUUGAGGAAUAUUUCACCGCGCUGAUUAAAACGUUUCAUCAUUCGUCGAUCUUGUACACAGAUGAUGCUCUGCUUGAAAAUAUCCAGAUCUGGGUCUCGUCCAUGUCAACAUCGAAGUGUCGACCGUUUCGCCAUACAGCGACUAUCAUAUCUCUGGCGAUUAUGAACACCUUGUGUGAUAUUGCGCGAGAGGUCACGACCACCCUGACAACCUCGCGCAAGCAACUCGAAAGCGAAAAGAAGAAAAAGACCGUCAACAAAGGCCGUGUGGAGGCAAUUCAAACGGCCAUUUCAGACGCCGAACAAAGGGUGGAGCAACUCGAUGGGUUCCUGCAGGAUGGGUUCGACACGGUUUUUGUCCAUCGCUACCGCGAUGUGGAUGGAAAGAUCCGUGCCCAGUGUAUGGAGGCCCUGGGCAGAUGGAUUCGCACAUAUCGAGAGAUAUUUUUCGAGGGACAAUACCUACGGUAUCUCGGAUGGACCCUCGCGGAUGCCGUUGCGUCCACCCGGCUGGUUGUCUUGACGCAGUUGUUGCCACUCUAUGAGAAUAGAGACAACAUCGCCGGUCUCCAUUCUUUCACUGAUCGCUUCCGCCAGCGGAUUGUGGAGAUCGCUGUUCAGGAUGCCGAUAUCUCCGUGCGUGUAGCAGCCGUCGAACUGCUGAAUCUCUUCCGUGAGGCGGGAUUACUCGAGCCUGGUGACAUCGACGCUGUCGGCCGACUAGUAUUUGACAUGGACCCUCGGAUUCGAACAACGGCAGGCCGCUUUUUUGUUGCGAAUGUCCAGGAUGCAUUUGACUCUAUCACAGAGGAAGUGGGCGAGGAGGUCAACGAAAUGUUUGCUGACGAUGACGAGGAUGAUUUUGAGUCGCCCAAGCGCUCCUGGAUCAAACUCAAAUGCCUUGCAGAUAUCUUCCAGGUGUAUGACGAGCAAGAAAUCGGGCAACAGCCGCCGGAGCGAACCUCGGUACCUCGCGACAUGCUGUCGGGCGUGCCAGUAGAUUCGCGAUUCGUUUUGGCAACUGAGGCUAUCUACCCUCACAUGGAGGAGCUAUCCCUGUGGCAAUCACUGGCGGGCUAUCUUCUUUACGACCAUUCCCAGAUCGCAGACAAUCCCUCUGAAGAUGACACGACGGGGGUCGUGCGGAACCUGUACAAAAUGCAGGAGGGCCAGGAAUCCAUUCUUCUAGAAGUUCUCUGCGCCGCAGUCAAACUUCGGGUCCUGGACGUUGCAAAGUCUGACAUCGACAAGCGAGGCCGCAAGAUCAAGGCACUGACUGCCAAAAUUCCCGAACUUCAAGAAGAGAUUUCUCAUGGUCUUGCACAAAUCAUUCCACGGCUUCUCAACAAAUUUGGGUCUGCACCCGAGACCGCCUCUGCUGUUUUGCGGCUGGAGCAUUUUGUGGACCUUGACACAAUCCAAGAUCUUCAGAAAGAUGCCACGGCUUAUUCUUCCUUGUUGAAUGACAUCAACAAGCAAUUCCUGACCCACUCAAACCAGGACGUCCUGGCUGAAGCCAGUAUGGCUUUCUUGCAUGCGAAGAGUUCUGAUGAGAUGCGGGAGGCGCUGGAAGGCAGGGUUCAGGAGCUAUGGGAUGACAUGGUGGAGGCGCUUGGCACCUUGUCUCGUAAAAAGGAUGUGCAAGAAGGUGGUCCAAUAUCGGACCCAAACCUUACAGACCUGAACAACACUGUGAUGCGCAUUUCGAAUCUUGCCGGUAUCAUGGACUGCACCGUUAUCCUGGAGACGGUACCCACAUCGCGUUCGAAGUCCAAAAAGGAUCACCCGGAAGCUCCCUUCAACACACUCAUUCGACUUGUCGAGCGCGGUCUACGGAAGGAAGAUGAUGACGAAGAUGUUGCCAGGACAGAAACGGAGCUGGUCACAAACAGUAUCCUGACGUUGCUCUUUUAUUUCAUGUGGAAGGUGCAGGCUUUGGCCACGGCUCUGAAUGACGGGAAAGCUUCUUUCAACACGUUGUAUUUCGAGGCGCUCACGAAAAGUCGCGAAACUUUCGCGGCGGCGCUGACCAGCAUCAUGGAUCAGCGCUCUGGAUUGGAUGACCUGCGAUUUGCGGCUACCACCUCAUUCCUCGACCUACAGACCCUGUUUAGCACGCUACGGAAUGUCGGGCAGGGCGUCGGUAACGAUGAAGAUGUUGUGUUCCAGGCUCAGAGUCUCGUUCAUGAAAUUGCACCCGACACCCAAGCCCUUAUUACCAAGAUUCACAGCGUUGCCGAACGCAUGUUUGCCAAGAAGUCCGGUCGAGACCUCGAGCCCGCUGACGAUGACGCCCCAGCAUCCGACGACGAGCCCGAGGAUGAGGACGAAGAGCAAGACUCGGAAGACGAGACGGUGAUCAACGAGCGCCUCCGGAGCAGCAUUAUGGCCGAACAGCGUCUCUGCGAGCUGACCGGCAAACUCGUCCUCGCCAUCAUCGGCCGCAUCGUCGACGCUUCCGGGUCGAAGCGGGGCGCUCUCAAGAAGCGACUGCUGCGCAACAAGACUGGCCUGGGCCAGAAUUACCGUGAGGUUCUGUCAUACCUGGAAGAGCGCAAGCCUCGCAGCACCCCGCGAAGCAAGGGUAAGCAAGCUGCCAAGGCUGCGGCGCCCGCAGCCGCAGCCAACAAGGAUUUCAAGUCGGCCGAGCACGUCGAUGAUAAUGAAGAGGAAGCCGAGCAAGCCGACCCUGUGGAAGAAGAUGAUGACGAGGAUCUGCGCGCUCGCGAGCUCGUUGAAAAUGAUAUCGACGCUGAUAACGACGAGGACGAGGUGAUGGGCGAUUAG